ACCGGACGUCGGCCAUCUUAGGUAGGGAGAACGAGCGCGAGCGAGAAACGCCGCGGUGGUGAACGUGAUAGGAGCGGAAGAUGGGGCUGAGUCGAGUCGCUGUGUCCUUGGCCAUGGUGUUGGCCGCGGGACCCCGGGCAGCAAGAGCCCCCGGCCUCGCCUUGGGUGUUUGCCGGGCAGCAGGACUAUCUACAUUGGGGCCCGGCCAUGACGAGGUGACCAGGGCUAAGUUGGCUGCACAAGAAUGGGAGAAACAUGGGAUCAACAAACCGACGAUCUUCUCCAAGAUCAUCAGCCGAGAGAUUCCGGCUGACAUCUUACAUGAGGACGACAUGUGUCUGGCGUUUCGCGACAUCAGCCCGCAGGCUCCCACACAUUUCCUCGUCAUCCCCAAGCUCCGCAUUCCCCGCAUCAGCCAGGCACAAAGCCAAGACACCCAGCUUUUGGGCCAUCUUCUCUUCAUUGCAAAAACCCUUGCAAAGAAGGAAGGGCUGGAUAAUGGGUACAGAGUUGUGAUCAAUGAUGGACCGGAUGGAUCUCAGUCUGUCUAUCACCUGCACGUGCACGUUAUUGGGGGCCGUCAGAUGCUGUGGCCGCCUGGCUAACUGCUACCCCCCACCGUCUUCCUGUGAAGAACGUUCUCAGUAGAGAGAAGAAAUGGCUAUUUUUGGCGAUAUUUAAUUAAUUAGUGUUGGGAGCUUGUACAAAAUGACCAAAGAUUUGGGGUAUGUCUCUUCUUGUUUGUUGGAUUGUUGGCUUGAUUGGUCGGGGUGAGAGGUUGUUACCGGCAAGGAGAAUAUUUUUCCUUCAAGGGGGCUUGCAUAAAUAUUCAAUUAAUAAAGUUUUUGUUUUAAACAUGUCUUAUGACAGUAUCAAUUACUGCACAUGUAUAACUGAACAGCAAUAAAUAUAUGCCGAAUGCAUUGUACUGCCUUCACAUAUACAAUGACAUAAUAAUAAAAAAAAACUUUUUAUGCAUUUGUAA